CCUUCCGGCGGCCGCAGCGGCGCUCCCGCCUCUUCCCUCAGAGCGCGCUCGGGCCCACAGCAGCCACCGCGCCGCGGCCAUGAGUGAGGCAGAAGUGAAUCCCAAAGCUUACCCGCUGGCUGAUGCACAGCUGACCAAAACACUGCUGGAUCUGGUGCAGCAAUCCUGCAACUAUAAGCAGCUACGCAAAGGAGCCAAUGAAGCCACCAAAACACUGAACAGAGGGAUAGCAGAGUUCAUUGUGAUGGCAGCAGAUGCAGAGCCCUUGGAGAUCAUCCUGCACCUCCCUCUCCUCUGCGAGGACAAGAACGUCCCUUACGUGUUUGUGCGCUCCAAGCAAGCCCUGGGCCGGGCGUGCGGCGUUUCCCGGCCCGUCAUCGCCUGCUCCAUCACCAUCAAGGAGGGAUCACAGCUAAAGCCUCAGAUCCAGUCUGUACAGCAAGCUAUAGAAAGACUGCUGGUCUAAGCGCCCACGAGUGUGUGUGUGAAAUAGAAAAGUGCAAAUUAGGGGGAAUUCAUGUUUAGCUUCAGUUGAGAUGAUGGUUUUGAUAUCAAUGUUUCAUUUCAAAAUGCCACAUUUUUGUUUAAUAAUGGCUUGAUUAUUAGUGUUUCCGCCUCCUAUCUCCCCACUUUUCUAUUAUUCCACUCCAACAGAUUCAUUCUCAUUGUAUUACUUCUUAAAAAGUAACUGUACAACUGUGUUUCCUGUUUUAUGUUUAGAAGGACAGAAAAAAAAAAAA